AUGGAAAUCAUUUUGCAGGCAUGGAGUGAACCAGCCAAGUGCCCUAUUCAACCAGGUGCAAAUUUUAGCCAAAAGAUUUUGCUUAGUGAUGAGGAAGGAACUAUAUGGUGGCAUGCACACAGCGAUUGGUCGCGAGCUACAGUUCAUGGCGCUAUCUUUGUCUAUCCACAGAAUGGAACCACUUAUCCCUUUCCUAAGCCUCAUGCAGAAGUGCCCGUUAUAUUAGGAGAGUGGUGGAAGAGUGAUGUACAAGCGGUUCUUACGGAAUUCCUUCAGACUGGAGGAGAUCCAAAUGUCUCUGAUGCUUUCCUUAUAAAUGGUCAACCUGGUACAUUCAAUUUGACAGUGGAUCAUGGCAAGACCUAUUUGUUCCGAAUGAUCAACAGUGUCAUGAACAACAUUCUCUUCUUCGCCAUCGCCCAACACAAGAUCACUGUUGUCGGAACAGACGGUGGCUACACCAAGCCGUUGAAAAGUGACUAUCUCGCGAUAUCGCCCGGGCAAACCAUUGAUUUCUUGUUAGAGGCCAACCAACAACCAGAUCACUAUUACAUGGCUGCUAAGGCCUACAACAGUGCCAGCGCGGUUAGUUACGACAACACCACCACCACAGCCAUUAUUCAGUAUAGUGGAAACUACACUCCAUCUUCACCCUCACCUUUCCCUCAUCUUCCAGCCUUCAACGACACGAAAGCCUCGACGAAUUUCGCCGGCAGCCUGAGAAGUUUAGCCAGCAAAGACCAUCCAGUCCAUGUACCACUGAAAAUCAGCACUAAGUUAUUUUUUACAGUCUCGAUUAAUACAGAACCAUGUGAUCGUAAUACAUCUUGUGAGGGUCCAAAUGAUCAACGAUUCGCGGCCAGUGUGAACAACAUAACCUUCGAAAACCCAAGAAUUGACAUUCUUGAAGCUUAUUACAGGGGCAAUAAUGGUGUUUUUGGAGAAGAUUUUCCUAAAUUUCCUCCAUUGGCAUUCGAUUACACGAACCAAACUAUUCCGGUGGAAUACCAGAGGUCAACGAACGCAACAAAAGUGAGAGUGCUUGAAUAUAAUUCCACGGUGGAGCUUGUUUUCCAGGGAACCAAUUUGUUGGCUGGGAUUGAUCAUCCCAUGCAUUUGCAUGGAUAUAGUUUCUAUGUUGUUGGGUGGGGAUUUGGAAAUUUUGACAAAAUGAAGGACCCUUUGAAGUAUAAUCUUGUUGACCCUCCUCUACAGAAUACCAUUGCAGUCCCAAAGAACGGCUGUGUUGCUAUCAGAUUCAAGGCAAACAACCCUGGAGUGUGGUUAAUGCACUGCCAUUUAGAACGCCACAUAAGUUGGGGGAUGGAGAUGGCAUUCAUAGUGAAAAAUGGGAAACACCCAAAUGCCAAAAUGUUGCCCCCACCUCCAGACAUGCCACCAUGUUGA